AGCCCACGAUCGACUUUUCGUUCUCGUUUUUCAGCAUGUUCCAUCGAAAAUUCAUUUUUCUUUUGCUCUGUGCUUUUUGCCAUUUUUCUGGCGUCGUGAACGAUCGAGGCAACUUUUUUACCGAGGAAAUUCGGAGUUUGAGUGAACUGCCACUGGACCGACUCAUUCGGAUCAGGACGAACCUGAUCGGCGACGACGAAGAAGGAUCGAAGCUCCCCGAUAACCCAGCGAGAUCCACGGCACUCUCCCUCCCAGUGGCACAGCCUCUCAAAAGAAUAAGCACGAGAAAAUCGAUCAGGAGACACGAGGACUACUGGGACGAGAAAGGAAAAGAUUCGAAAAUUUCGAAAAUCUUCCAGCUGACAGUGACAGCUCUGUCCUUUCUCGCAUUCGGUGGUUACUUGAUUUCUCUCAUCAUCAUGGCCAUCCGGAGGAAUCAGACUGCAGCCACGUCCGGAAGCGUUAUAGUUUUUUCGAAUUUGCAGAAAUAUAAGAGACCAAAACGACAGGCUUGGCUCAUCGAUCCAAUGGAAAACGAUUUCGAUCAGGACAGAAUGUAUCGUGGCAUGAUAAUGUUGUCAGAAUGUUAUGCUGAUGUAAGGCAAUGAAAGACG